CGCAUGCUGAACCCGAAGGCUGAAACGGCGUUGUGUUGUUUAUUGAUCUGUUGUCGGUAGGUUGCAUUGGAUAUCUCGUUCGCAAUAUUUUCCCAAAAUGAACGAAGGAAUGUGGCGCAGGAUGGAGGCUGGCCCCUAUGCUGACGACCAGCAGCAGUAUUAUGAUCAACCAACACAGGAAGCUCCCAUGGAUGGUGUUGAGCCACCAGCAGCAGAUGGCGACUCUGAUAAUCCCAAGAGGAAGCUCAAGCACUGGGAGAAAAUUGGACGUGAGUUUUGUCUUGGACCCGACGGACGACCCAUCAAGCGCAAGCCCAACCCUGCUAAACGCAACGCCCUCUUCCGUAAAGCCCUCCAGCCCAAGAGCUCCAUUAUGUGUCUCAAUGAGCUGCAGGCUGGCCUCAAGUAUAUCACUGAGCCUGUGGCCACCAUUGGCAACUUCUGCGUGUCAGUUGAGGUUAAUGGCCAGACAUUCCGCGGCUAUGGCUCGACCAAAGACCUCGCCAAGCAGGCGGCGGCUGAGGCUGCUCUCGUAAGCUUCGUUAAGCCACCGCCGCCAAAACCCACCGCGGGGGAGCCCACCAGCCUCGAGGAAGACACGACCCCCUGGCGCACCCUCGCCUCCUUCGCCAUGUACAAACUUUUCAUGGACUGGCGGGACGGGCGUAUAGGGAUGUGCCAGCCCGGGCUACAGAACAUGCCUGGUGCCCUCAACAUGUGUGCAGGUUUCCCGGUACAGCAGCUGCAGCAGAUGCAGCAGCACCUGCAACCUGCCAUGCAGCAGCAGGGUGAGCAGAGCGGCAGCGUCUUCAGCAAUGUCAGCGCCCACCUCACCCGCGGCCCCUCCAGUGCUGCAGCGCCUGCUGCGCUCGUCAAAAUGGAGCAAGUUCCCCAGCCCUCCGUACUGGACACCGUUGUGGCCCCCAAACCAAUCCGGCCUAAUAAGCAGAACGCGGAGGCGCAGAGGACACAGCACCCUGUGAUGGUCUUGCACCAGCUCUGCCCUGGCAUCCAGUAUACUAACACUGAUGCCAUCGACCCCAACACCGGCAAGAAGGUCUUCACUGUCACCGCCUGCAUCAACGGCCAUGAGUACUCUGAAACUGCGACGGCUAUCAAGAAGGCCAAGUUCCUGCUGGCAAAAACCGCGUUGAAGGACGCCUUUGACGUGGACAACAUUUACGCAGCCUCUUAAAUUCACCCUUCUUUGGGAGGGGAACCGUAGAGGGGUUGAGGGCCUAACUAAAAACUCUUGAUGGCAUUACGGGGCCCUCCUACUGACUUACUUGCAGUAUUUUUGAGGCCUUCGUCAAGAUGGCAAACAAAGCCAACUUUUCGUUGGCUUUAUUUGGACGUCAUUGGUUGAUCGCUUUGGAGACAUUGCCAAGAGUUAUUAGUUCUUCAAUUAUGCCCUGCAGGGAUCUAUCUUGGUAACGCCAUCCAGCAGAAAUUUAACUCGAUCACUAAUUUAACUCAUUGAAUUUCUUCUCCCAUCAUCCCCGUAUGUUAUUAUCUAGUUCAGGUACUGUAGCAUUAGAACAAGUUCUCUAAGUCGCUCUCUUUGGCGUUGAGGAGCAAUUUGGUUUAUGUGUAAGGCAUGAAUAACAAUGUAUUUCUAGUAUAUUUAAGAUAACAGUUUACAGAAAAAAUUGUGUGAAUUAAAAUUUGGGUAGCAGUUGAACGAAUGAGAAUGUUAAGGAGGAGAAGUUAAACACUCGCAGUUCGGGGCUACAGUUUUAUUUUUGACUGACAAUUCUCAUCGAAUCGAAAUAAAUUUGGCCCACGCUGUGUGCUUUUCUC